AGAGCCCCCAGAGCCUGGGCCAGAAGGGAACCAUGGGCAGGCCCCGGGCUCUGGUCCUGCUCUUGGCACUGCUGACACUCUGCAUCACUGCUGGCACACCUGAGGUGUGGGUGCAAGUUCAGAUGGAGGCCACCAAGUCCCCGUCCUUCACUAUUCGCUGUGGAUUGCUGGGAUCUAGCUUUAUCUCCCAGGUGACUGUGGACUGCAGGGGGCCCAAUGGUCCUGGAGGAACCAAGCUGGCUGUGUUGGACUCAGAGUUUGGCACCAAAAAGUGGCCCCCUGCCCACCAAGUCUACUGGGAAACUAGAACCAGCGUCUCCCUCACCCUGGAAGAGUCUGAGGGGAGAAGCCCCAGUCCUAACACCACCUUCUGCUGCAAGUUUACUUCCUUUCCUGAGGGUUCGCAGGAGGCCUGUGGUAACCUCCUCGGCACAGAUCAAGAGCUUCCUGCCCCUAGUGCAGCCCCUAUUCUGCGGGCUGACCUGGCCGGGAUCUUGGCGAUCUCGGGGAUCCUCCUCUUGGGCUGCAUCUACCUUCUCUACAUGCUGCAUUGGCAGAAGCACCGGUCUGUCAUGAAGCUUCAGCCACCCCUUCGCAGUGCCCUGACAGAGUCACAAGCAAGGGCAGCCAGCCAAACCUCCCUGGCUUCUCUCCACAUCCCCUACGCCACUAUCGCCACCAGCUACUUCUGCCCAGCAGAUCUGGACACGGUCCUCCCACCCCAGCCAUUGUCCAGGUGGGCACCGAUCCCCACCCACACAGCACACCAGCCUGCCUGCUGGGCACCUCUGCCAGCCUCUGCCUGCAGCAGUUUCAUCUCCAUUGAGAAUGGACUCUAUGUUCAGACAGGAGAGAGGCCUCCCCACAUCCGUUCCAACUUUAUCCCUUUCUCUGACCCUCUGGGGCCCAGAGCCAAGGAGGGACAUAUAGGAGUUCAACGAGGGGCCCCAAGCCCACUCAGCCUUCCUCCACUCCCAGACCUCUAGGACCCCCUUCCAUUGGUGUUCGCACAUCUUAUUAGGCUGCUAAUAAGUGUUUCCGCACCUACCCAGCCAGGGCCCACUUGCUGUGGAUGUGGUCAGCAUAUAUGCUCGUGUGAGUUACAUGUGGUCAUGUGUGUGUAUGAGAGGUGACAAAAUCCAUCCCAGGUUGUUUCCUGUUUUCAAGU